CAAAAUUUUUGCUUUAAUUCUUGAAGCGCGUUAUCGCGCAUCGGACCUAAAGUAUUCCAGUCGCCUAAUAUUUCCAAUAACUCAGAGCCUGUUAUUCUGGAAAGUGAAGAAGUGCAUUUCGUUGGAUUACCUCAUAAUCUUUCUCCUGGGAUAAAAAGUGUACAAUCAGCAUGAAUAAUCUUGUAAGGUCAGCAUUUAGAAUUGCCCCUUUGAGGAGCAUAGUGUCACCCAUGCGAUCAACACUCGGUAAGAGAGAAUUUACAAGAACUCUCUGGCACAUGUCGAGGAAGCCGGAAGAUUUUAUUGCCAGUAAAGCCCUUGUCCAGCAUAAUCCCAGUCUUGGAUGUACCUGUGGCUGUGGUGCCAAGUUCAUUCACACUAAAGGGGAAAGAGAGCUCGUAGAAUUUUUAACUGAAGAAAUUGUGGCUGAAAAGAAGGCGCAGAAAGUUAAAUCAAUUCCUACAACUGUUGAAGGUUUCAAGGUAAAGAUCAAUGGACCAGAAGUGGAGCUGACAAAGGAAUCUGAUAAGGAAACGAUCAAAAUAUCCUUCAAUGUCAACCAUACAGUAGACACUGAUGAGGAAGCUGAAAUUGAUCCCACGAUGGACAAGCCCAAUCUGGCCGAGAUGAAAAGCAAACCCCAAUUUGAGGUGGAUAUUGUAAAGGGAAAUCAGACUCUUUCAUUCACAUGUUCUUUCCUGCAAAAUCAAGGAGAAGAAGCUGAAGGAUACAAUGAUAUUUUUGGAAUUGAUGAGAUUGUUCUGUACGACGGAGAGUGGACAGAAAAUAAUUAUGCUGUGGCAGGAGAUGUCUUGGAUGGAUAUUUGUAUGAUCUCCUGAUGAAUCUCCUCGAGGAGAAGGGUAUUAGCAACGAAUUCGUUGACAAACUGUCCGAAUUCAGCACAAUCUACGAACACUCCCAGUACAUCUCUCUCCUGGAGAGGCUCUCGAAAUUCACAAUUGGAAAAUAGAAUGGUGCAAGGAGACUGCCAAGGAAUUAGGAAUUAGCAAAGAGAAACCAAUUAGAUUUCACUCGUAAAUGUAUUUUUCUUUUGUUACAAUUUAUUUUCCAAUGAAUUAUCAAUAAAUUCUGAUUAAUAGUUUAAAAGAGUA